GUGACCAGCAGCCCCAACGUGGCCCCCCUGCAGCAGCAGCAGCCGCCGCUCCGAGGGGCAGAGGGUUGGGCCAACCUGCCGGGGCUCGUCUUCCCUGGCAGGCCCGCCUCGGCCGGAGGCGGCGGUGAUGGGCUGCGGCGCGCCUUCCCUCCGGGCGGCCAGAAGAGCGGCUGGCGCGGGCGGGCUCCGGACGCUCCCGCCCGCCGAGCCCUCCCCGGGGGCGGGACGCCCCUCCUUCCUCCCUCCCUCCCUCCCUCCUCCUCCUCCUCCGCACCCUGCUGGGGAGCCGAGCCACCGCCCCGGAAUUGCCGAGAGUGGAGCAGGAGGAGGCCCGUGGACGGUGCGAGCAGGAGAGCGCCGGGUCGCCCCUUCCUUGGCUCGUCCUCCUCCAGGGCCCCGGCUCGCAAAGAAACUGCUUUCAGGUGGGAGCGGAAGGAGCUGAACCAUGCCGCCCUCCAAGGAUGUUGUCAAAAUUGCUGUUCAGAUGAUGGGAGCGAUCCCUCAGCUCAUAGAACUCAACCAGGCCAAGCCAUUGUCUGCGGUUGUGAAAGAGGUUUGUGAUGCGUGGAACCUGAAUAACUCCGAGCGCUUUGCCCUGCAGUAUGUGGAUGGCCACAAGGCAUACAUCACUGAGUCGAACCGUGGAGAGAUCAAGAACGGUAGUAUCUUGCAACUGGCCACUGCUCCAGAUCAAGAGGCAGCGAAGCUACACAGUGGGAUUCAAAGCAACAACAUGGAUGUGAAGACGGACUCUUUGAAGAAGCUGGCGGAGAUCUCCCGGGAUGUCGCCUUUGCACAGGAGUUCAUUAGCCGGAAUGGCCUCAGCCAACUCUUCCUGAUUGUGGAAGCCGAUAACAAUGUAGGGGAGAUUCUAGCGCAUGCUCUGAAGGCCUUCAUGGAGCUGAUGGAGCACGACUUUGUUUCCUGGGAGUCUCUCAGUCCAGCCUUCAUCAAAAAGAUUAUAAGCUACGUCAAUGUGGUCCCAAUGGACACCUCCAUCCAGCAGAUUUCACUGGCCAUCUUGGAGAACAUGGUGCCCACCAGCCGCUCUCUCUUUGAGCUGGUCAAGCAUGAAGUGACCCUGAACCGCCUCAUUGUCCUUCUGAAAGCAAUGAAUCGGCAGCUCCAGCUGAAAGCCAUGGCUUUGCUCAUUGCUCUGCUCCUCAAUGCCAGCGAGCCAGAAAGGAAGGACAUGAUGGACUACCUAGGGGAGAAGAACCUCAGGCAAUUUAUCCACAAGAACAUUGUCCAUGCAUCGGAGCCCAUUGGUGAUGAGAUGGCCCAUUAUCUCUAUGUGCUGCAGUCGCUUACAUUGAACCUGCUGGAGCGGAGGAUGAGAACGCCCAUGGAUCCCUAUGCGCAGGAACAGAGGGAGCUCCUCCAGUCUCUUCGUCAUGUGGCCUUUGAGUCCGAGAACGAAUCUUCUGCUGGAGGCUUCAACACAGAGCGCCGACGCUCACUUUGUGCCAAGGAGUUCCGCAAGCUCGGCUUUAUGAACAAUAGUAACCCUGCAAUGGAUCUGCACCGGAUCCCUCCAGGCCUGCUUGCUCUGGACAGCAUGGUCUACUUCUCCCGUCACUUCGCAAGUGCCUAUAGCAGGUUCAUCCUUGAGAACAGCAGCCGAGAAGAUAAACAUGAGUGCCCGUUUGCCCGGGGUAGUGUUCAGCUCGCCUUCAUGCUCUGUGAGAUCCUUCACGUCGGGGAGUCGUGCUCCGAGACAGCCCAAGCUUUUUACCCCAUGUUCUUUGGCCAAGAACAUUUUUUCGAGGAGCUCUUCUGCAUCUGCAUUCAGCUGCUGAACAAGACCUGGAAGGAGAUGCGUGCGACGCAGGAAGAUUUUGACAAGGUGAUGCAGGUGGUCCGGGAGCAGAUCACCAGAACCCUAACCCUGCGGCCCACUUCGCUGGAGCUCUUCAAGAGCCGAGUGAAUGCCCUGAACUACAGCGAGAUCCUGCGUCUCCGGCAGACGGAACGGAUGCACCAGGAGGAGACCCUAGCUGCGCCAGUCCUGGAACUGAAGGAGAGGCUGAAACCUGAGCUGCUCAACCUGAUCCAGCAGCAAAGACUCCUGCAUCUUUCUGAGGGAACACUCUUUCGCAAAAUCAGCAGCCGACGCAGACAAGAUAAGCUUUGGUACUGCCGCCUUUCUCCCAACCACAAAUUUCUACACUACGGAGAUGUGGAAGAGGGUAUACAAAGCCCGCCUGUUGAGAGCCUGCCAGAGAAAGUUCCCGUGGCAGACAUGAAAGCAUUGCUUGUUGGCCGGGAAUGUCCACACACCAAGGAAAAGGGAUCUGGCAAACAGAACAAGGAUCUUCUGGACCUCGCCUUUUCUAUCAGCUAUGAUGUUGGGGAGCACCUGAAUUUCAUUGCUCCUACGCGGUACGAGUUCUGCCUGUGGACGGAUGGGUUGAAUGUGCUUCUGGGCCGAGAGAUGAUGAGCGAACGAACCCAGAGUGACCUGGACAUCUUGCUGUCAAUGGAGCUCAAGCUGCGACUGCUGGAUCUGGAGAACAUACCCAUCCCAGAUGCCCCACCGGUCAUCCCAAAGUCCCCCAGUAACCUAAACUUCUGCUAUGACUUCACCCAUAUAGAGCAGUAAGGGCCUCUUCUUUGGAGUAUAGGCUGCCCUUACUCACUUCUCACAGUCAGGAGUUCAGUUUGGGUGAUUGUCCAAACUAAAUCAGGAACACGCUGUGGACUUUUUGCACCCCAGUCUCCCUGGACCCCAUUUCUGGGCUCCCCCAAACCAUAGUAGGCCAUUAGGUCCCAAUCAGGCAGUCUAUGGUUGGUGAUGACUUGCAAACCCACUUCAAACUAUGGUUAGUGUUGACCAUAGCUUGCCUGGUUUGGACAUCAUGGCCAACCAUGGUUAUGGCAAACCAGGAAGAAAAAGGGAACGAGUGUGUGAGGCUGCAGCAGGUUCUCAACCCAACAAACUCAGCCUCCAUUUCGGUUUUUUGCUAAAUCCUAAUUUUGAAGCCAGGAAGCCUAACUUCUGUCACUGGACAUUUGCGUACAUAGAUUAGCCUAAAUUGCUUUCUUCCAGUGGCACUGUUUGGAAGCUCUCGGAAUUUGGGAUAGUUUCCCCAGAUUAUUUUGUCAAGGAUUAGAGAACAUUAGGGGAGAAAAUACGCCGUAGGGUCACAAGGAUGGAAGUUGUGCUCUGAGGAGGAAGAAAGCUGUCCCAACAUACUCACAUCCAUGGCUUUCUUGUAUCUAAGCCAGCAUUUGCAACAGUGAAAGGUGUGGAACGUUCCACCUUCUACAUAUCCCACAUUGGACUUUAGAGUCCUCAUUCCAUGACCUUUAGUAUAAUUGCAACCACACAGAUGCCUGGAUCUCAUGGGGAAAACAGUUGCUCUGUAUUUUACAUCUGGUCAAGGCCACCAAUGCAAAGAAGUUGUUUGAAUCAUGCAACUGAUCAUUCCUUAAUUUAAGAGAAUUAAGGAAGUUAGGGAAAUUUGUUGGAAUUCUGGCUGCUUCCACUGUGAGACUGGGAUGUUGAUGGCAGUUGGAGGUGUUAAGAACAGUUGCAAGGGACAGAAAUACCCCUGUGUUCAUAGGUUUCCUUACUGGUCUCAGCCUUAUUCUCGAUCCCAGCUUGCCAUUGGCAAUAAGAAUCUAAGAAGAACCCUUCUGAGGUUGCAUCUAGUCCAGCAUCCUAGUCUAGAAAUAGUCUACAUAAGAACCACCUCUCUGGAUCAGGCCUAGGGCCUAUCUAGCCUAUCUGGCCUAUCCCACAGUGGCCCACUAGAUGCAUUGGGAAAGCCACACAACCAGGAGAUGAAGGCAUGCCCCCUCUCCUAUUGCUCCCCUACAACUGGUAUUCAGAGGCCACCGACCUCUGAACUUGGGAAUAGCCAUUAUGGCUGAAGAUGAUGGGAGCUGUAGUCCAACAUCAUCUGGAGACCCAAAGUUGGGAACCCAGUUCUGCAAAACCCCAAGCAAGGCACUGGUUUAGUGUUUUGAAGGACAGAGUCCUUUCCCUAUGCUGCUCCAAGGAAGCCAAAGUUGAAAUUAGCAGGUCUUCCAUCAACGCUGCUUUGAUCUGACCCGGCAGCACAGCAAAUCACCAUAAAAAAUACACGCUUUUUAUUUUUUGAGUUCUGCUUGGCCUGGAUGCUGGCAAUCCUGCACCUGCCUUUGCUACAUUUUGCAAGGCAGAAAACUAGCACUUUGCAACAUGGUGGGCUCAGGUACGUUUCUGAUCUGCUGAAGCAACAAGAGACCUGGUGGGAUGAGACGCUUUGUUCAGAAUUGUAGCAUAAUAACCUGUCAGGGAUGUUUUUAAUGACAGCUGCCAGUCAGCUAUGGGAUAGGGAGGGGAACUUCCUUACCAAGGAUGCCCCUGCCAAGAAUUUAUGUUCUGGUAGGUUUCUAAAUUAGCACUUUGUGCCUACUUGGGGUGGCAGGGAAAUCUCUUAAAUGUGUCCAAAGUUUUCUUGAAAAUUUUGUAGUCUAUGGAGCUAGGCUUACAGAUUUUGUCCAUUGGUACCAUCUCGGGAGACUAAUGCUCAUAGAUUUUUUUGGCAAUGUCUGUCCCCCCAUAGGUGAAUGAAAAAUACCCAAAUGAUUUGGGCAAAAUUGCUGUCAUUUUUGCACAGUGGAAAGUGUUGGGUAACAAUGAACAAAUUAUUGUUUUGAGUAAUCCAUGGAGUAAUCUUUGGAGGACAUUCCUGCCAAGCUUCAUUUCCAUUCCUCUGACAACAUCGAUAAAACUUCAUAGUAGUUUUUGUGUUCUUAAAACUUUGGAAAGCGAUUAAAACACUAUUGCAGAUUUGGCCACUGCAGGCUUGAUGGUCAGGACAAUAAAAGCAUGAAACCACACUGAAAACUAAAGUACUCCAGUGCUAUCACGUGUUAAUCACAAUGAGCAGUGGUCCCCUGAGAUGGUAUCGACCACCUCAGUGGACUCAUGUACUUUUGGCUGGGUUCAGACAUAAUGCAAAACUAGAGAUUAGCGAAAACAUUGUACAGUGUUUUAAUGUCAGAACCUGAGCUUGUACAUCUGGAAGUUGAAAGGGUGUUGUUAGCACAAACCACAAAUCUGUGUUGUGUCUAAACCCAGUUCUCGAGGGAUGUUACUUGGUACUCGGGACCCAGGGCUGUGUGUGUUCCGUGCUUUAAAAAGAAUUCUAAAUUCAGAACCAAAAAUAAAAAAAGCCAGAGUACUGUGGCCGGCAUUAAUUACGCACAUAUUAAGUGACUUAUUUUGCAGUUUUUAUUGUUUCCCAUCAUUCAUUCUGCUUUGGCUAGUCAUGAGGAGAGGAAAAGGAGCUAUUUCGGGUACACAAGCCUUGUACUUAGCCAUGCUUUAGACUCCCUCUUCCCCACCCCGCUUGAGAUUUUACCGGACAUUGCCUAUGUACUUCCAAGCAUAUCUUCAUGAACAUGAGGGCUGGAAACUUUUUUUCUUUUUAAUUACAAAACUGAGAUUCUCAGGAAGCCAAAUAUGGUACACAGUGCCACAUUUUGCACUUUUGCUGUGCUUGAGCAAAAUCAUAGCAUAUGCACAGCUCUGCUUGUCCCCUCUUUGGUUGUGGUCGAAAGCUGACGUUCCUCAGCACGCUCAAAGCAGGAGCAAAGAAUGGAUGUUCGGCUUGGCUGAGUAGGGAGAUGGCAUCUCUGAUGAGGGCAGCCCCCUUCCUGCUAAUGGGCCCAUGGAGGUGGUUCUGUGGCACUUUAGGACUGUGCUGAAGCCUCCAUGAGCAACUACUUCCUUCCUCCUCUGUUGGCAGUUUUGAUGCUAAAUGUUUUGUUUUUGUGUGAAUUUUGAAAUUUUAUAGUGUGUGUUUUCCACGGCACAAUUUGCCCUCUUCAAAAACACUGAGUCCAUUGCACUGGAAUUAUCAUUUGCGCACUUCAUUACCCCUCUUUGUGUAAAUGGCUCUUUCAGCACUAUAGGUGUGCACUGACUAAUAGGAAACCUUCCCCCUUACGACCUAAUCCCUGCUCCCCCACCCCAGUACUUCUUCAAAAGGGACUUCCAGGACCCUCGGCUCUUUCCUGCUCAGGUGCUUCUACUGUAAAAUGUUCACUAUGGUACUGCCUCUGGCCAGAGGCCUUAACAAUAAUCAUCAAUAAAGGUCAUUAUCUUUACGGA